GAGAGCGGAAGCGGAAGAUGGCAGAUGGCUCGAGCUCGUAGGGUGUGUGUGUGUCGUUUGUUUACCGUUCGACGCGUCGCUCCGGUGUGUGUUUCAUUCUCGCCCGUGUCCGUCGAGUCACCGGAGCGUGUUCAUGUUGUGCAGGCUGCUGUUUAACACCGCUCAUCUGUGUCAAUAUGACGGGAGAGAAGAUCCGCUCGGUGCGCAAAGAGCGCAAGUCGGGUUUGGAUCUGCUGGAGCCGGACGAGGAGCCGGCGGCCACCGGGCCCGUUAAAGCCAACAAAACCAACAAGAUCUUCAGCAACCAUAAGAUCAUCCGAUCCGGUUCGCACCAGAACCACAGCGACACUGACAGUGUGUAUCCCGUGCACGAGUGUGUGUUCAGAGGAGACGUGCGCAAACUGUCAUCGCUCAUCCGAACGCAGAACAUCGCGCAGAAGGACGUGCACGGUAACACACCUCUUCAUCUGGCGGUUAUGAUGGGUCAUAAAGAAUGUGCUCAUCUGCUGCUGGCCCACAAUGCACCAGUGAAGGUGAAGAACGCUCAGGGCUGGAGUCCACUCGCUGAAGCCAUCAGUUAUGGAGACAGACAGAUGAUCACGGCUCUCCUGCGUAAGCUGAAGCAGCAGUCACGAGAAACUGUGGAGGACAAGAGACCCCGACUGCUGAAAGCCCUGAAAGAGCUUGGAGAUUUUUAUUUGGAGCUUCACUGGGAUUUUCAGAGCUGGGUGCCUUUGCUUUCACGCAUUUUACCCUCUGACGCCUGCAAGAUCUACAAACAGGGCAUCAACAUCCGUUUGGACACGACACUAAUCGAUUUCACAGAUAUGAAGUGUCAGAGAGGAGAUCUGAGCUUCAUCUUCACCGGUGACGCGCUUCCGUCCGAGUCCUUCGUGGUCCUGGACAACGAGCAGAAGGUUUAUCAGCGGAUCCAUCAUGAGGAGUCCGAGAUGGAGACAGAAGAAGAGGUGGACAUCCUCAUGAGCAGCGAUGUCUACUCGGCCACUCUCUCCACGAAAUCCAUCACUUUCUCACGGGCGCAGACCGGCUGGCUCUUCAGAGAGGAUAAAACGGAGCGCGUUGGGAACUUUCUGGCGGAUUUCUACAUGGUGAACGGCCUGGUCCUGGAGUCCAGAAAGAGACGCGAGCACCUGACGGAGGAGGACAUUCUGCGGAAUAAAGCCAUCAUGGAGAGCUUUAGUAAGGGAGGAAAUCUCAUCGAACAGAACUUCGAGCCGGUGAGGCGUCAGUCGCUGGCCGCUCCGUCUCCAAACACUAUAUCAUGGGAAGAGUACAUCACCACUGAGACUGGAAAAGCUCCUCAUCUGGGCCGUGAGCUGGUGUGCAAAGAAAGCAAGAAGAACUUCAAGGCGACUGUAGCCAUGAGUCAGGACUUUCCUCUGGGCAUCGAGUCGUUGUUAAAUGUUUUGGAGGUCGUCGCACCUUUCAAGCACUUUAAUAAACUCAGAGAAUUUGUUCAAAUGAAACUCCCUCCCGGAUUUCCUGUUAAACUAGACAUCCCCGUGUUCCCCACCAUUAGUGCCACCGUGACCUUUCAGGAGUUCCGUUACGAUGAAUUCGACGCCUCCAUAUUUACAAUUCCCAGUGACUACAAAGAAGAUCCCAGUCGAUUUCCAGACCUCUGAGCUGUCCUGUGUUCCCUCUCACUCCCCGACCUCACAUCUCAACUUCAUCUCACCGAGGCCCGACGUCAUCACCACUGAUGGUGUUCACACGCUUCACAUCAUAUGGAUAUAAAGGGAUCGUGCUGAAGUGACGGACGCUGCUGUGUGGAAAGGCGGCUAACAGGGAACGCUGUGGUGAACACUACGUGAUAAAGCCGAGAGAGAUCCUGGAGUUUCGCCUCACAGCGACACGGACGCCUGUCUCUUUUACUCUGUUGCUGGCAGUAAAUGUGGCAUUAUAAGUUAUUGCGUAAGCCUGGUUUUCACUGAUAUCUUUGUAAAACUCUUCUAUACUUCACUUAAAGAAAACGUGUAUAUUUAGGAACGGAGCGGAAGGCAUCUGCAUAUGAUUUGAACUGUAUGAAAACUUCACAACAAUGUAACGCAUUUCUACAGGCAGAAGAAAACUUCUUUACACACAUUGUAAAUAUCACGUUUCUUCCCGGUUCUUCUGCUUUCUCUUUGUAUUUUUGUUGCAUUAUGGGAAAUGUUUUUUUUUGUGGGCGGGCUCAUGUGAGCAGUUCAUCACUUCAGGGUUCAGGUGUUUUCUGGCUAAAAUGUGUUUUUGUUUUUCUGUCUCUUGUGUUUUUAACAUGGAGGAUCUACAGGGCCAGACGUCCAUGUAGCAUCUGUGUUUAGAGCCCGUCACAAACAUUUGCUUUCACUUUAUUUUCACCUUGACAAGCGGAUGUAAAUACAUUUAAAUUUAAAGACA